AUGCAGCACCCCAUGACGGUGGGGGGCCACGAUGUCAGCCUCAGUCAGGCUACCCACGUGACAGACGCCCGGGCCGGGGCCGCGAGCCCUAGCCCUGUCCUGAAAGCACCGCUGCCCGAGGCCACGUCUGCUCCGAGCUGGCCGACCCACUGGCCAGCGGGCCCGACGCCACGCUCCCCCGCACGGGUCUGCCGGCUGUGUGCUCAGCGGGCUCCUGAGAGGAAAGGAAACUCCAGAGUCCUAAGUUCCGAGCGUGAGGUGGUUAGCACCGGAGAAAGGGGUCCAAAGCGGUGUGGCUAA